AUGACUCCAUCACAGGCGUCUGUCGUACAAUGUGGAUAUCGUGUUACUGAUCUCUUUCCGCGUACCGGCGCCUCAAUCCUUGAGCCUGGCCAUUCCGCGGGACCAAGUACUAGUACCACGCAUGAUGGAAGUUAUCUUGAACGUCAUAAUGACAGUCUAGUUGAUGAAUUGUCGACGAAGGUUGCGGCACUCAAAAAGGUUACCUAUCAAUCGAGAGAAGAUGUUCAGAGACAGAUCGCUUUACUAAAUAGCAUGGAUGAUGAUUUUGACGCCUCAAAAGGAUUGUUAUCAUCUACAAUGAGGCGUCUUGGUAUUGUUAGCAAGGCAGGAGGUCGGCAAGAGUCUGAUGUGUUAUUUGAUGUUGUUCGCUCUAUUCGUCUUCUUCGUUAUUUAUUAUUUGGCAAGGUAGAAGCGAACAAGGAUAAGGCACAAAUGAGCGGAGACCAUCCGUAA